AUGAGCAAGAAGGCCAGCAAAGAAAGCAAACUAAGCAGAUAUCUGAAGGCACCCCUCAAGAUUCUGAUCAAGGCCAGGGAUUUCUACAUAAAAAGCAUGACAGAGUACUCGGACAGGAUCAAUUAUGGCACCGUCAUGGGUUGCCCUACAGGCCAAGUCAAUACUCUGCCUAGGAGCUAUAGUGUCAGCUCGGCGAAAUCGAGCAACGGUGACGAUGACUUGAGGGAGCUGAUCAGGGCUGCUUCCACAAGGAGUUUAGGCAACAAGGUUCAGUUGGACCUACUUCGGAGACAACAGGCAAGGCAGUCUCCGGUAACUGGAGCAAACAAUGUGCCUAGAAGUCACAGUGUUGGGAUUGGGAGGAUUGAUGAAGACAAGCCUUGUGACUUUGAAGAGGAUAUCAAGGUCAAGACUGAUGCUUUGCCGAGGAGCAGGAGUUACGCUGUUGCAAAGAGAAACGGUGCUUUUUUCUAA